GAAGAUCAUGAUGUUUAUUAUUCGGGGGAUCGUCUGUACUUUGGUCAGCGCUUUAAAAAGGGUGACGCGAUUCUUGUGAUUGAUUCCACAUCUGGUCGAUAUACAGCCAAGUUCCUGGCUGCCACGGAUUCGGAG